AUGUCAUCAUCAUCAUCAUCAUCAUCAUCAUCAUCAUCAUCAUCAUCAUCAUCAUCAUCAUCAUCAUCAUCAUCAUCAUCAUCAUCAUCAUCAUCAUCAUCAUCAUCAUCAUCAUCAUCAUCAUCAUCAUCAUCAUCAUCAUCAUCAUCAUCAUCAUCAUCAUCAUCAUCAUCAUCAUCAUCAUCAUCAUCAUCAUCAUCAUCAUCAUCAUCAUCAUCAUCAUCAUCAUCAUCAUCAUCAUCAUCAUCAUCAUCAUCAUCAUCAUCAUCAUCAUCAUCAUCAUCAUCAUCAUCAUCAUCAUCAUCAUCAUCAUCAUCAUCAUCAUCAUCAUCAUCAUCAUCAUCAUCAUCAUCAUCAUCAUCAUCAUCAUCAUCAUCAUCAUCAUCAUCAUCAUCAUCAUCAUCAUCAUCAUCAUCAUCAUCAUCAUCAUCAUCAUCAUCAUCAUCAUCAUCAUCAUCAUCAUCAUCAUCAUCAUCAUCAUCAUCAUCAUCAUCAUCAUCAUCAUCAUCACCGUAUCAUUUCUCCUAUUAG